UUUCGGGAUGGUGAAUUCGUCUUGAUGUGACCCGUCGAUAUGCCCCCCGGAAACAUGGAAGGCCGCCGCCGAGCUGAAAACGGAAACUCGUUGGUCAGAGCCGCGCAAGAAUCGAGCCUGAUGUCCGUAUGGUCAACAAGCACUGGACGCAAUUCAGUGUUUGGCGCGGAGGGUGGAGCGGUACUCCCCUCCUCGCAUUUGCCGAUCCACGUACACGUGGCGCGCACACAUCUGCGCAACGCUGACGGCCACUGCUUCCACAAGCGGUUCCACGACUGUCAGCACCCGUUGGUUUUUGUCCUACACGGGACUUUUGGCAAGUUCUCCCAUUGGCACCAACGUUGCCAUCUACUUUCGUCAAAAAUGUCGCAGUCGGGAGAUGGCCUUCACACGCCGGGUUAUCUCUCUUGGAGAAAACUACAGCUCAGCCGAGCGAAGCUUAAAGCGUCGAGCAAGACGUCUGCUCUACUUUCCGGUUUUGCUAUGGUUGCUAUGGUGGAAGUACAACUGAACUCUGACACUAAAGUUCCUCCAGAGAUGCUGAUCGCCUUCGCCGUGUGCACAACGCUGCUGGUCGCAGUCCACAUGUUGGCCCUAAUGAUAUCAACGUGUAUUCUACCAAACAUAGAAGCUGUGUGUAAUCUGCACAGCAUAAGUCUGGUACACGAAUCACCGCACGAACGUUUGCAUUGGUACAUCGAAGUGGCGUGGGCGUUUUCCACUUUACUAGGACUGCUGUUGUUUUUAUUGGAAAUCGCUAUACUCUGUUGGGUGAAAUUUUACGACUUCUCGCAAGUGGCAGCCUGGUCGGCGUGCAUCGUUUUGAUACCGGUGCUAAUAAUCUUCCUCGCGUUCGCUAUACACUUUUAUCGGAGCCUGGUCGCUCAUAAAUAUGAAGUCACCGUGUCCGGAAUAAGGGAACUGGAGUUACUUAAAGAACAGAUCGAAUCGACCGACGUCGAGGGUAGGAACGGUGUGAAUCUGUUACAGACCGCCGGUGUGACGCACGUGGUAUGAACGCGCUGAAGCGUUAAAAGAUCUAAGUUAUUUUUUAAAUGUGAUAAUCUUUAUAUUUCGGAAGAGAGUGGUGAAUCUGGGGUGACUCGACUGCACAAUUGAUUGUUGUUAUAAACGUUCAAGCAGCCGAAAGAAAAGGUCAAGGAGAUACGAUUAUUAGAACCAGAAGUGAAUCUUUCGUGUGCAGAUUUGAAUCAUGAUCAUUUAAUGUGGGAGAAAAGAUUUCGUUUAUUUUGUUCCUUGCAAUACUUCAGUUUGCGUGUAUAUAUCGAUGAAACGAAACAUCUGUACCUUCCAUAAAACGACGCAGUCCGUUACUUCUCGUGUUUAGAUAUAUUGCAGUAAAUUCUGUGGUUACCGACAAGUAAUAUUCAACGAAAAGUCUGCGUAGUAACGUGAAACAUUCCCUUUCUCGCGUAGCGACUUAACAUGUAAAACAUAACGAUACACAAUAGGAUUUACUGGUUGAUAAGGAUAUGCAGGUACCUGAGAUUACGAAUGCGGGUCAGGUCUGUUAAAAUUCGAAUGAUAAUGGACGAGAACUUGAACAUUUUUUUCUGCAUACGAAUUCCCAACAUUCAAGUCUCGAAAAUUCAUGGUGUUUUAGAACCAAUAAAUCGUUAAGAUUUAGUAAAUUAAUAUGAUUAAUUUCAAACACUCGAAUCUCAGGGUCUCGUAUGCGAAAAAAAUAUUUUCGGAUUCUCAUAAAAUCCUGUCCGAAUUUUUCCAAAUAUCCACCUGAGCCUGUAAUCUCGGGUUACAGCACAUCCGUAUUGUUUGAUGUAAUUAACUAUAGCUCAAACAGCGACAGCUAUGGAUAGAUGUUUAUAUUUGUCUCGAAUAAGCGUGACUAGACCGCGCAGAAUGUACUUAUUAACUGAUUUGAAAACGUGCCUUGUUUUAUGCACCGUUAUUCGCGAAUCUUCCAAUUUUAUUUGUUUGUCUCUUCAUUUAUCUCGCGUAACAUGUCCUAUGCUCAAGUAAUUUGUCAGUUUUUUAUACUAUAAAUUAUAUUGCCUUCUCUUGCGUUCAUACUUGGUCGUCGAGUUACUGCCGGUAUUGAAUAAAUGAAAAUUGUACAUAAUUUCUAUUAAACGCGAACGUACAUACAUGCUUUAAUAGGUAUAAAUAUAUACAAAAUUAAGGCGCUUUUGCCGAAAUAAAAUAUACAAUAACGA